AUGGCCGCUCGGAGGGGGAGCGGGGAAGGCCGCGAGACCGAGGAGGACGGCCGGGGUCCCGGGGCCCCCCCCGCACCUCCCCGCCUGGCUCCGCCGGCGGCAGGGGUUCUCCUCUCGCGCCCGGCGGAGGCCCCGGCUGCCCUCGCCGCUCCUCCUCCGGCCGAGCCGGCCCCGGAACCCCAGCCCGUGGCUCCGACCGUGGCCUUGGCGCCUGCGGCCCCCGCGGCGGGCGGCGCCUGCUCGGUGUCCGUGGCUUUCCCGGGCCUGGUCACCCGCCAGGGCUGCUUCCACUUCACGUGCGAGCUCCUGAAGCACGUGCUGUACCAGAGGCAGCAGCUGCCCUUGCCUUACGAGCAGUUCGCCGGCUUCUCCCGGAGGCAGCUCCCCGGCUCCCCGCGCCAGGAUGAAGAUGUGAUCAGAAAAGUAUAUUCUAGAGAUCCAGACAACAAUAAGAAGUGCCAGCAAGUGCUAGGUGACCUGGAGAAAGUGUUCCAACACUUGGAAAUCAUGUUCAAUUUGACAAUGGUCCCCCGAGUUCUUAUUCUGCUUGGGGGUACUGCAGUCAGCCCUAAAGAACUAUAUGAGAUCAACUUGCAGGGUAUCUCUGUAGGCGACACUAAGGAGAGCCUGCAGACGGCAGCCUGUGUCCGCAAGCUUUUCCAUUCACUCUUCCUGGCAGAUGUCUUCAGCGAUCUUCAAGCUGUCCCCACCAUGAGUGUCAUUGUUAUGGUCCAAGGACACCGCAACUGUGGCAUUGACUGGUUCAGACCCAAACUAAACUAUAAAGUGCCAGCUCGAGGGAGGAAGCUGACUGUCAACUUAUCCUGCAGUGACCGUGAUGGUCCAACGCUUGCUUCUUAUGUGGAAGUGAACUCUGCCUUGAAUGAUUAUAUAUGGUUUCAAGCUCCAGUGACAGUGAAGGGUUUCCGUUACUUUUCUUGACAAAGUUUUGAAGGGGACAUUCUUAACCUCAUGUUGAUGUUGCUCUGCGCUAAGUCUUUGACCACCUGCAACUACAAGUUCCUUGCUCCAGCUUAUUUCC